AUGAAAGUAAUCUACGCUUCAAUUUCACUUGGUGCUUUUGCCGUUUUCGCACAGGCACUAUAUGCACCUCUAUUGUCACGCAACCCUGCUGAUGAGCUUAAUUUGUCAGUCACUGGACUCAACACUUUAGCUGUCGCUUUGCGGAAAAUUAAUGCAAUUGAAACUCAAGAUUCAAAAUAUAUUGAUAACGGCAAUUUGGGUGCUGCUGUUGGUGCUGGUGUUGGUGCUAGUACUGGUGAUGGUGCUGGUGCUGAUGAUGGUGAUGGUGCUGAAGUUCAAGUUAGAGCACAAGUUUUGAACGUUGCACAGGAUUUACUAAAGAGGUCUGACUCGCCAUUGCUAGAUACUAUUUUAGGCUACUUGAAUGACUCUGGUGCUGCAAUAGUUGUACUUGAUGCUUCUUUGUUAAACCCACAAUUACUUCAGGUUGUGAUUGAUACCACGAUCUGGAUCUUGAAACAAAAUCUUAUCAAUUUGACAGAUUUGCUUAUAGCAAUUGAGAGAUCCGGAUUAGUGUUUGAUAUUUUGAAUUUGACUUUGGAAGACCCUGAAGUUUUACCUGGAUUGAUUCGCAUCACUAAGGAGGUUAUGCUGCAGAGCAAUUUGGACUUUAGUGGUCUUCUCAAAAGAGAUGCAAUUGUGAGUGAAGAAGAUGACGAGUUGAAUGAUGUCGAAAUACUUGAAGCUUUUUUAAAAUGGAACACAAACAAUUCAAAGCAUGCAAGAGAUCUGGAGAAUACAGAAGAAUUCCAGUUGGAUAAGAGGGAAAAUGAAAUGUUAAAUGAAGUGUUUAUUGCAUUGAGAAAUUCUGGUUUAGCGGUUUCCGUGAUCAGACAUUUGUUAACUACACCGGAGUUGGCACAGCCAAAUGCGUAUUUUCUUGUCUCAAUUUUGGAAUCACAUGCAAUUGACGUUUCAGACUUGCUAAAGGCAUUGAAAGAGUCGAGAUUGAUUUGGGACUCUAUAGCAAGCUUGUUGAAGAAUCCUCAAAUCGUUAAGGAAUUUGGAGGCAAGAUUAUCCUGAGAGUGACUAAAGGUUUGGUACCUCAAAAGUUUAUCGAUGACUGGUUUUAA